GUUCUCAUUGAGCAGCAGUGGAUACACUCAUACCUCCUGGAAGUGUUGUUGUUGUUGUUGUUGUUGUUGUUGCUGUUGUGCCUCUGCAGACAGACAUGUUACCAAAGACUCGUCUGGGAAAGCGCUCUCCUCUCGGGGCGCUGGUGGUAAAUGCCACCUGCCCUCCACCGGGUGCUCCGACGGGUCAGGAGACGGCUGAGACGGCAGCAGGACAGCAGGCCGCCAGCAGGGUCAGAGGUCAUCCCGGGCUGAAGGUGUAUUUCCAGUGUGGAGGCGAGUCUGUGGCUGUGGUGGAUCAGCUGGAGCUCCUGCAGAGCGAGGCUCCCGUCUGGUCUUCGCCUCGUCCCUCCGUGGCUCCGUCCUGCAGCAGAUCUGUCUCCUCCUACAUCGACGUCCCCAGAAGUAAGAGGAGCCCUGAGGAGGUGGACAUGGACGAGCUGAUGGCGGCGAUGGUGCUCAGCAGUCUGUCCUGCAGCCCUCUGCUGCACGGCCCAGCCCACCCCGAGCCCAAAGCUCCUCCGAUGGACUGUGGCAGCAGUAACAGCGACAGUGGCAGCAGCGGCUACUGGAGCGUCGGCCACGGCAACGGAAGCCCCGCCCCCUCUCCACCGAUGGCGGAGCAGGACAGCGGCCUGGCCACGCCCCCCGAGGAGGGCCUGGACAUGGAGAUGGAGCAGGUGCUGUUCGACGAACCGGCACCGCGGAAACGCAGGAACUCGGUGAAGGCGGCGUACCGGUGUCUGUGGCCGAGCUGCGGGAAGCUGCUGACCACUGUGGUGGGGAUCAAACGCCACAUCAGGACCACCCACCUGUGCCGCGGCGGGGAACACGAGCGUUGUUCCCGCAGCGAGGAGGACUUUUACUACACGGAGGUGAACCGCUGGGAGCAGCAGAGGCAGCAGACUUCUCCUCCUCCUCCUCCUCCUCCUCCUCCUCCUCCUCCUCCUCACCCGCUCCUCUGCAGCCCGGCCCCCGCCUCCCCCUCCUCCUCCUCCUCCUCCUCCUCCUCCCCCCCAAGCCCCCCCCCUCCCUCCCCUCCGUCUCCUCCUCCUCCGGCCUGCAGCGCCCUCAGUCGCUCCGCCCCCUCCUCCCCCUACAGCUUCGUGCAGGUCCAAUCAGAGCACUCCUACCAGGCUCCACUUCUCAGUCAUGUGUCGUCACCAGCAGCUUCGACCACGCCCACCAGUCGCUUCAUGGCUCCGCCCACCAGCUGCCUCCGACAGGGUUUGGCCUUUCGGGUGCGUUCGGUGAGUGUCGGUGAGCAGUGGCUGCAGCAUCAGAGCGCCCCCAGCAGGAGGAUUCGUGGCGAGGCCAAGAAGUGUCGUAAAGUCUACGGCAUCGAGCACAGAGACCAGUGGUGUACGGCGUGUCGCUGGAAGAAAGCCUGCCAGCGCUUCCUCGACUGAAGGACAGGAAGAGGAGUGAGAGGAAGAGGAGGACAAACAGAUAAAAGGACUGAAGUGUGCUGGGACCUCCGGCCUCACCUGGUGGAUGUUUUAUACCUUCUUGUAUCUGAAACCAGAUUUUCUUUUUUAUACUCUUCCUACAUUGGCUAGAAGUGUCUUUUUUUGUUUUUUAAUGUUUAAUGUGUUUUGUUGAAUGUAUUUGUAGAUGUCGUGUCCUGUCGGUGCUUUGUCAUGAACAUAUUGGGGCAGCUAUGAUGUGACCUUUGACCUUGAAGCAGAGCCGAGUGAGUUUUUGCGUCCGGCCGACUCUCCUCAGGUGUUUUUCACUAAACCAGCGUCACCAUCCACGUGUGCUCCCGUUUAUAAGCCAAAAAUUUCAAACAAAUAUUCACCAGAUUAUUCCAGAGACUGUAUAAAAAAAGCGGACAUCGUCAUAGUGACGCCACCUGAUGGUUCGUGGAGUUUGAAGCCUAUAUUUUAGCAUUUUGGCCGUCGCCAUCUUGGUUUCUGGAGCUUCAGCUAGUAACCAUUUUUGGAUGGGACGGUGAAUCUGGAAAAGGAGAGCUGAGAGAAACACUAAGUCACCAGCUUAGCUUGGUUUGCAAGAUCCAUAACUCAGUUUUAUUAAUUGGGAUUCUUAAUUUGUCUGGAGAAAAAGUAGACUUAAAACAAACCGUACUUCGCUGAAAAAAAUGAGCAGCCAACUUCUGAGAUACCCCUUUGAGACCAAUGUCUAAUCUUGAACCAGGUUCAUCUGCCAAAGAACCAGCUCUCUGCAGGAAAACUGGUUCCAGAGCAGCACCAACUCUCUGCUGGUCUCCAACCAAGAACCGCUUACAUCAGGGGCUGGGGCCGGGGCUAUCUGACCAACAAGACCAAGUAAAAAGUGUACCAUUCGUUUUAUUUGAUUUAUUCAACUGCAGUGUGAUUGCUAACAUUAACCUCUAGAGGUGUGAAUCAGUGUAUCGGCCCCACGAUACGGUUUUAUCCCGAUACUUGAGUCACAAUACGAUAUUAUUGCGAUUUUAAGCAUUUCGUGAUAUGGUGAGAAAAUUCUCAGUCUAUUCAUCUCAUUUCAGUCUUUUUAUUUGUCCACAAUGAGAGUCAAACCCACAGACUGACCAGCAAAGUAUUCAGUCAAACUGAAAUGAACUGAUAUCAAACAUGUAUGAACGACAACAACUGCAGCAUUUUAUCAAACUUUCACAAACUACAAGCUUCACUGCUGUCAGUGAUUCUGAAUCAAACAGAAAAAUAGCCGAACUUUGCAGCAACUUCCCGAUAUGAUAUCCUGACGCACAUGGUACCUAUAAAUUGCUUACAUCUUCUAGUUUCAUAUGAUACCAGUAUAUUCCUAAAAGUGAGCCAGCUAUGGCCUCCAGAAGAAAAAUACCUAAAAUACUGACGCUAAAUAAUAAUGACACACAAAAUAUCACGAUACUAUGCUGUAUCGAUUUUUCCCACCUCUAAUAACUUCUUUCAUUCAGUGUUAAUAAGAACAUAAUCAGAGUCUUAAGUAGCACAAAUGUGUUGGACCAGUCGUGUUUGGAUGCCAGUGUAGGCUUUAAAAGCCAGGAGCAACAUUUGUAAAGAGACAAUGUAGUUGAACCAACUGCGAACCAGCACCAGCAGCUCUAGAAUUAGAUUUGCGUUGGUCGAAAAGGUGUAAAACUGUCUUUUAGUCCAACCAUACACUGAAAAAUAUAUUUUUAGGCGACCAAAAUGUUCCAAGUAACUUUAAUAAAGUUCAAACACACUGAGAAAGGGUCAAAGUUCAAACACGAAAAUCCCAAAGACAAGUAUUUAUUUACUUUAUCGUCUGUUGGACUCUAAAUGGGACCAUAAUUUACUAAAUGAACAUCAUGUUAUGUUGAAGAAGACUUGAAGAAACUAUUGACUGAGACCAUAAACUCAUUAUGAGAACGUUCACUGAGGUCACAAACCAGGUCAGAAGUAGACUCAUUUUCUCAUAGACUCCCAUACAGUCAGACUUCUUUCUGGAGCCAGUGGAGUUGCCCCCUGCUGGACGUGAGACAGAAUGCAGGUUUUAAGGCAUUCACUUCUUCACUUCUUUUGUACAGUCUGUGGAUUAUUCAGAUUUAGUCGCCUUUUCUACAGGACAAAAAUACUGUAUUCACAUUCAAGAGUCAACGUCAAAGAGUGCUUUAACUGUUCAGUGUUCCUGUGAGGAUAAAAACAAGGUUGUUGCCAAAAUUAAUACUGAAAAAUCAAUUUUUAUUCAUUUAAGGAAAAUCUCUGUCAGUCUUCCAGACCAUAAAGUGUAAUUAACACUUAAAAAGUGCAUAUAUCUGCUUAUAGCUACAUUAUAGUGAGUUAUAGAGCAUUUAUUAAAGGUUUAUAUGCUGCUUUAAGGCUCUUAAAAGCAGGUUGAGAGUCACUGCUGUAGACUGUUAUCUCCGUGUUGCUCAGCUUUAGUCAUCUCUUCCUUUAAGUGUGUCAGGGCUCAUUAACACUCAACUCUGCAAUAAUUCAAAGCCAUUAAUCAGAUCACGUGUCAAAUAUUUCAGCGUUUAAUAACACAUAUGUGUCUGACACUUCCCUGUAAAUAUUCCUACACUUCCCAUCAGCCCUUUCUCCAGCUGACAUGUAUUAUGUUUGGAAACAGAAGCCAUUUCCACUCUGGAAAAACACAUGCAGUAUUUAUCAAGAGUUUUGUUAAAUACAUUUAAAAAAACACAAUGUUUUACACUGAAUUGAAAAUAUUUUAUAAUAUCUUCCUGGUGUAUGAAUACAGAUGUAUCCCAAGUCCAUAUAUAAUCAACAAUAACUCUUCCUAAAGCGUUUUUAAAUGUUCAUAAUUCAGAUGUUGAACGUCUUUUUGCAGUAAACCAAGACAAAGGUUCUUCUUUGUUGAUGUUCUACAUGUGUCCUGUUCAAUGUUGAUUAUUGUGAUCAUAUCCUUUUUUAAGAUGCACUCUUUUAUACAUGAUGUGGAAUCCUCAUGUUGUUAUAAUAAAGUGAAUAAGCUGAU